AGCAACUCGUUGGUGACAAAAACUAGCUAAGCAGUCAGAACAGGAGCAUCAUGGACAUGUCAACCGCCGCCACCCCGGCAUCGUCGUCGACCGACAUUCAACUCCCGAUCAACCUCUUCACCCGUAACCCAUCCCACACUAUCCCUUCUUCGACCUAUCUCUUGCCUUCCUCAUGGCGUCGAUUUCAGCUCUCUUCUCUGAUCAACAAGGUACUCAAUCCCAAUGCUCCGAUUCCCUUUGACUUUAUCGUCGAUGGAGAGUUGUUACGGGGCAGUCUGGAGGCGUACGUCAAGAACAGGCGCGGAGGUGACAUGGAGAGCACGUUGCACGUCGAGUAUGUCGAGAGUCUUUUGCCGCCCAAGGAGCAGGGAACGUAUCCGCAGGACGAUUGGGUGUCGGGCGUCAGCAUCAAGCGACCAGGCUUCAUCCUUCUCUCUUCCUACCUCUCUCAUGCCAAGAUCAUCCCCCUCACGCAUCCCACUUCCACCGCCUCGGACGAUGCUCAACCACCCUCGAUAACCCUCCCGCUCCCCACCCGACUGGGAUCGACCUGCACAUCCUGGCUAUCACCCCAUCCUUCCCAUGAAGCCUACGACCCGUCCGCUCCCAUUCUAGUCGGAGCAGGCGGGGUGGACCGACAAACACACAUCUUCUCCAUCCCAUCAGAUCGACUCGUCGACCUCGCCUCCCACGUCGACCCUUCCGCAGGCUGCAAAGAGAUCAUGACGCUGCACCUCCACACGGGUCCCGUCUCUUCCCUCUCUCCCUCGCUCGACUAUUCCAAAGUCCUCACUUCAUCUUGGGACGGCCUCUUGGGUGUAUUCAAGCUGCCGACCAGGGAAGAACCGCUGGAAGAACGACACGAAGUAGGGCCGGAACCGGGGAGUUAUCUAACGGGAGUGGACAGGCGGUCGAAGAAGAGACGACUCAAUGUCAAGGACGCUACCGCCACCGAGACACCGAAUGGAGAACAAGUGAACGGGCUCCCUGCAGCCAACUCGGGUGGGUACCGAAAGUCACCGGAGAUGGUCCUCAGGGGACACAACGGACGGAUCGGGGGGAGUAUUUGGGACAAGGAGCAGACUGGAACCGUCUGGAGUGCCGGAUGGGAUGGAAGCGUGAGGGGAUGGGAUGUGGAGAGCGGGGGUUGUGAGGUUGUCAAGCAAGGACCGCAAGAGCGAGCGGCGCUGUGCAUCGAUCAGAUGGCUGGGACGAGAAGUUUGGUGACGGGUCACAUGGACCGGGUCGUAUGUCUUUGGGAUGCUAGGGAAUCCGCCUCGGUCAUCUCCCUUACCCUGCCGACCCCCGCAGCGACCCCCUCGGUGACAGCUCACCCGACCUCUUCCUUUACCCUCGCCACCGCAUCGUACUCGGGGCACCUGCAGAUCUGGGACGUCCGAUCCCCGAAACAAGCCCUCUUUAGCGUGAAGAAACAGCCGAGGAAGGACAACAAGAUUGUCGGGGGUGGAACGGGAGAGAGGUUGCUGAGCGUGGAUUGGGAUGGUGAGGUGAUGAUAGCCGGAGGGGAGGAUGGAGAGGUUGGCGUCUGGAGCGCGAGGGGAGAGUAGGGGGGUGAGAUAGGCGGGGUUGUCAAGUCUUAAUUACGGGAUACGAUGUGCAUGCAUACGAUCUAUACUGGCAAAGCGUGGUAUCUAGAGGCGGUAUCAUCCGAAUCUCGUCUGGUGUGGUCGCGUGAUUGGCUAUCAGCGCGUGGAAGUAAGCGCAAAGUGGCGUCCUCACGACGAUCUUUCGUUUCGAGUGAAAGAAUUGGACG